AAACAGCCCCGGGUUUGCAGGGGACGGAUAACUUUCCUUAGCCGCUCGUCACUGCCUUCUCCCUCUCUCCCGCUGCCCAGCCCAAGCCCCAUUGCCCCGAGCUCCCUCCUCUCCCUUCCCUCACUCAACCUGUUGGAAUUCGCGAAGGCUCUCAUCUGCAGCUGCAGCGUAGCCUUGCUGCCCUCCUCUCUUUGCUUGGAUUCUUCUUCCUUGCCCAUCUUGUAUGCAUGCGCAAGUUGGUUCUGAAGUCUGAACUACUCCAUGUCCUGCUUCCUCUUCCAGGCCACUGGCUUGUUAGAACUACCGUGCUGCGCGCCAUGCCUCCGCUUGCCGCAAUAAUGUCUGCUCCAAGCUCGCUUCUUCUGCUGCCCACUGCACGGCAGGGGGUUAGGGGAGGCCGAGGAGGGCAAGACCGGGACGAACAAUCUCUCUCCAGUUCGCAAUAUCGGAGGACUACACGGGGCGCCAGUAUUUCUGCCAGAGCUUCCAUGACCAUAACAUGCUGUGCAAACCAGACACAAACUGCACGGCGCAAAUCAUUUUCCGGACCUACCUCUCCACCAUCAGGUUCAGUCAAAGAGAAAGUGAAAGGGCCGAGGCUCGACGAUGGUGGCGUCGGGUUUCCUCCCUUCCGGUUCGGUGGAGGCGGAGGAGGCGGCGGCGGCGGCGGCGGCAGCUCUUCCGGCGGAUUCAUCCUCUUCGUGAUCGUUUUGCUGCUGGAUUACCUGAGGGAGCUUGAGAGGAACCUGCAGAAUGGGCCAGGGAGGGGCAACGACUACGACAACGGGCUGGCACCGCAGUAGCUUGUCUCUCCCCAUGCUUCCAUAAGAAAAAGGAGCAUGAUUUGCAAAGACACUUCGGUGUUGAUUGGUGUAACCCUUUUGCUAGGGAAUGUAUCAAGUGACAAUGAGAAAUGUUCUUGCGAAACUAUAGUGACAAGUAGAAACUUUAGCCACUGGCGACUGGCGUGAACGUGCAAUGCUGAGAUCAAACACAGGAAAAUCAUUUGCUUCUACGUUAUCAUAUCGUAACACUAUUUUUCUCUC